CAGAUCGGUUAUCGGCAUCAGUUGUCGCUUGUCCAUCUAAUCAGUUAUCAGCUCCGGCUCAGAGCAGUGUUUCAGUGUUCUUCGUGAAAACACCACCAAACAACAAAACCAGCCUCACCAUGAAAACCAUCAUUGCUUUCGCUUUCGUCGUCGCCCUGGCCCUGGCCGCCCCUCUGGAUGACUCCAAGAACGCCCAGAUCCUGAAGUACGAGAACGACAACAUCGGAGUUGAUGGAUACAAGUUCGCCUUCGAAACCAGCGAUGGACACCAGCGUCAGGAGCAGGCUGAGCUGAGGAAGCUGGGCGAUGAUGUGGAGGCCCUGGUCGUCCGUGGCUCGUACUCGUUCACCGGUGACGAUGGUCAGGUGUACACGGUCAACUACGUCGCCGACGAGAACGGAUUCCAGCCGGAAGGUGCCCAUCUGCCCACGGUUUAAAAGGGUCUUCAAGGUCUAACGCCACCACCAAACCGACACCAAACACACACACACACCCUUAAGCUAGACGGUCGCCCGACCGAAGAACACCCGCGCGCGCGCAUGCCCGUGAACCAAUUGUGCGGGACCAAUAUCAACCGCACCGCGAGUCGCAGGGUGGUUCACGGGCCAAUACUUUAAUUUUUCUGCACGCUAUCGAACACACCCAACCUCCAACGAAUCUUAGGCCGUUCUAUCGUCCUGUGUACAGUUUUUGUGUUUAAAAAAAUGUCGUUGUUUUAAUCUCCUACUUGUAAGCGCAGGACAAAACCCGUCACACGGUGACGUCACAUCAGGGACUCUCGGUCGUGGUGUCACACGUGAAGCAAAGUUACCAGAUCCAGAAAAAGACUAACUGGAGCCUUCAAUUUGUUGAUGCGAUUUUUCUAUCAAUCAUGGUGAAAACCAGCGACGAGACGAUCGUCUUUCGGUCCUAAACGGCAACGGGCAGCACAGACAGAAAAAUACUCAAACCGAGACACACAAACCGCUCGGGACAAACAAAUGCCAUACAUAGAUUUUGUAAUUACAUACUACUCAAAUACAGCUAUUGGGGAGAAACAAAACCUGAA